AUGUCAAACUCGCAACGAAUAGGUGAGCAAAUAGGUGAAGAGGCUAUCAAGCAACGUAUAACAAAACACCGGCGAACACAUUAUGUAAAUAACAUCCACAAGCAACCGAUGGCGCCAGAAGGUGGUCGACAACCUAGAGAUUGGGAAAUCUAUGGGCAAGUCAAUAACCCUGGAAGGGCCCGUUAG